AUGGUUACCACUACCACUCCUACUAUCAUGACUGUUGCAGAAGAAUCAGUCAACUACUUGUUCCAAGGUAAGGUUGCCCACAAGGUGCCUCACAUCAUUAAUGGUAAGGGGCUGACAAUCAGUGUUGCCGACCCCAAGACUGGCGAGACCAGUGUCUUGAUUGAUGCCAUGACCGGUGCCGCUGUUGGAGCCCUUGGAUGGGGCGAUGAAGAUGUGGCAAAGUUCUAUGAAGAAGGACUUAAGCAGUCUGCUUAUUCGUUCCCUCUUACCAUGUGUAAUGAGAAUGCUCAAGCAUUGGCCAAGUUCUAUAUUGAUAACAGUCCCAAGGACGCGUUUGCUGCUGCGUUAUGGUGCGGUUCUGGUUCGGAAGCUAAUGAAAACGGUAUGAAGAUCGCUUACCAAUACCAUAAGGAGAAGGGCAACACCAAGAAGACCAAGUUUUUAUCCAGAGAAAACUCCUAUCACGGCUAUACAAUUGGUGCUAUGUCACUUUCUCAUGGGUCUAGAACUACUCCAUUCAAAAGUAUUAUUGUCGCUGACGAAAAGACCCCCAAAUUGCCUGUUAUGUACCCUUACAGAUACCAAAAGGAAGAUGAAACCUUGGAAGAGUACGGUGAUAGAUUACUUGAAGCUUAUGAAAAGAAAAUCUUGGAAGAAGACCCGGACACCAUCAUUGCCAUUGUAUUGGAAACUCUUCCUGGUUCUUCGCUUGGUACUGUUGUCCCUCCUCCAAACUACUACAAGGGCAUCCGCAAGUUGUGCGACAAGUACGACAUUUUGCUCUGGUUAGACGAAGUCAUGUGCGGAACCGGAAGAUGUAACCCUAACGGUAAGUUAAACUGUUGGGAAAACUUUUUAGAUGACAACGAAGGUCCUGACAUUCAAACGGUUGGUAAAACCUUGGGUUCAGGGUACGUGACCAUUGCUGGAGUAUUGGUGUCUCCAAAGGUUAAGAAUACUUACAUUGAAGGUUCAGGUACCAUUAUUGGAGCUCAAACAUAUGCAAGUCACUGGUUGAAUUGUUAUGUUGCUCGUAAAAUUCAAGAAAAGAUUCUUGCAACUGGCUUGACUAAGAAUGUUUUUGAGAAGGGUAAUUUAAUAGGUAAGAAAUUGACUAAACUGCUUGAAUCAAGUCCUAUUGUUGGAGAAGUUAGAGGUCUUGGAGGAUUCUGGAGUGUUGAACUCGUUAAAAAUAAAGUCACUAAGGAACCCUUUGAUCCAAAAAUGGAUGUUGGUCAUGCUUUAACCGAUAUUUGCUUUAAAAACGGGGUAACUGUUAUGGGCUUGGGUGGAUGUAAUGGUGUUAAUGGUGAUCAUAUUUCUGUUGCUCCUAACUUCACUAUUACUGACGACGAUGUGAGUGAGAUUGUUACCCGGAUCACUAAAUCUGUUGAAGAAUAUGUUGAAAUCUUGACGGCCGAAGGUGCUAUUUAA